AUGAAAGUGGCCCCAAAAGCGCCAUACCCGCGCUAUCACUUGUACCGGAGUGCCACGAAGAUGAGCAGUGCACAAAAGGCCAUUGCAUUGACGGAUCUUCCUCUCGAGCUGUUGUGGAUGGUGACUGCGCGUUUAUCGCCCGUCGAUAUUGCUUGCCUUGCAUUAUGCAGUCGCCACUUGAUGCUCUCUCUUAAAGAAUCUAUAUUGCAUUACUUUUCACACGAUCGCGUUGUGGAACUCGGCGAUGAGGCACGGGUCGACCUAUCAAGUCGACUUUUUUUCGAUCUGUUGCAGUAUCAUCAUUGUUAUAUCUGCCUGCAGCUUCAGGAUCCUAUCCAGGACAACCCCUGUGCUUUAUCCGAGCAGGUACUAUAUCGUCAGAACAUUUCGCUUAUCCAAGAGCAAACGUAUCAGACCUUGAUGACUCGUUAUUGUGAUUCAAAGAGGCACCUUCUUGCUGGGGCGAAUCACCAUCGUGCUGAGGCUAAUCGCCAUCAUGCUAAGGCUAACCGCCAUCGGGCUGAGGCUAACCGCCAUCGGGCUGAGACUGACAUAUAUUAUGCUGAGGCUGACAGCAGCUAUCAUGUUUGGGCUGACAGUUAUCGUGAUGAGACUGAAAGCUAUUGUGCUGAGGCUGAGCGUGCUAAGCGUGCUGAGACUGAGAGUGCUGAGGCUGGCAACCAUCCUGCUGAGACUAAUAGCUAUCGUGCUAAGGCUAAUAGCUACCGCGCUGAGGCUGAAAGCCAUCAUGCAAAGGCUGAGAGCUAUCGUGCUGAGGCAAACAGCUAUCGUGAUGAGGCUAUCAGCUAUCGUGCUGAGGCUGAAAGCCAUCAUGCAAAGGCUGAGAGCUAUCGUGCUGAGGCAAACAGCUAUCGUGCUGAGGCUAACAGUUCUUGCAUUAUUAUGUGA